UUCACAUCAUGUUUUGAUUUCCCCUGCAGUAAGACAGCUCACGAGUUCAGCCUGAAUUUACUUUUGUCCUCAUGUGGUUGAUGCACAAUCGCAAUGCAGUCAUACAUUUCCAGACUCCCCCCCCCACUUCCUAGGGGUCUUUAUAUCAUGUCUGUGACAUGCAUUUGUCAAAAUACUUGGCCAUCUUCUCUUACGUGUCGCUCGGUGACAGUAUGUGUUGCAACCACCUGCUUGCUUCUACUUGCGGGAACAAAGCGCCCAAUAAAACAUUUUCACUUAUGGAGGCAGCAGUCAUACACUUUAUUGUGUGUAUACGGCACAUGGACACAUUGCUAAACACAAAUUGCCCUCUCCACCAACGCUGCUUCGACAACUUCAUCGAGCAACCAAGUAAGUGCAACUAAUCAGAAGCUAAUGCAGUUAACAAAUCUGGGCAUCCAACAAAACUCAAUGCAGCUCUGCUUACCUCACACAAAGCCACCGCUGGCUAACUUUGGUUAAUUACAUACUUGAUGUGUGGGCACGCACUCCAGAGACACAACUAUUUGUAUACAAACAAAAGAUCAAGUUUCGAUAAUACUGUAUGUCCUAUUUGAGUGGAUGGAAAUGAAAACAGGACAUUUACUGUACGUCUUAUAAUGUUCCUUUGUUAUACUGUAUGAUUUUCAAUUGUUACCUUACAUCUAUUUGUCUCCAUUAUUAUAGUUCUCGUCACCUACCAAGGAAAUGUGUUCAGCCUGUUUGACACCAGUGUACCCAGUGGAAAAAAUGGUUGCCAAUAAACUUAUCCUGCACAACAACUGUUUCUGCUGUAAACACUGUCAGAAGAAGCUCAGCAUUCACAACUAUUCCUCUCUUUAUGGCGAGUUCUACUGCAUGUCACACUACCAACAGCUUUUUAAAAGAAAGGGAAAUUACGAUGAGGGAUUCGGGCACAUGCAGCAUAAAGACCGCUGGCUUCAGAAAGAUAAAGGAAUAGAUGAGCCUGACAUCACAUCUGUCCCAAAAAUGACAAAACACAACUCAAACGCUACCUCAAGGGAGUCGUCUGCUGCAGUAUUUGUCACAAAGUCAUGUGAAACUGAGAUGAGACAUGGCAAUCGUGCUGAUGUCAGGGGCAAACUGAACGUGAACUGGCCACCAGAGAAGAAGAAGCCACUUCACCAUGUGAAUGCACCGAGUGUGAAACAAAAAGAUAAGGUCAUGGCAUUUUUGCAUGAAGUCUCAGAAAUCAGGGGAAAAUCACUGAUAACAGACAUUACCUCGAAGGAAAACUUGAUCUUAGAGGAACCAAAACCCAGUCGUGGUGCCACAAAAACGAAACAUUUUCAAGACACAUCUCCCACAGCGCUUCAUUUGUCUUCUCCUUUGGUCGGAAAAGAUAACAGUUUCUCAGAGCUAAAUAAGAAGCAGGCAACAGCUGUACCCAUCAAACAAACACAUUUUAAUAAAUCAUCUGACAAACUGGAUGCUACUUCUAAAAAUACUAGGAAAUCUGUAUGGUUUUCUCCAAACGUAGAUAUUUCUCACUAUGAUCAGACUCCUCAACUGACCUCAGAUGCUACAGAGGAUCUCAGUGGGCUUCACAAUAAAACAUGUAAUAAUGCAAAUGAUAAUUGUGAAAAAAAUGACUCAGACCAGUCUAGUGAGCUCAGAAAAAUACAACAUGGACAUAAGCCCAGAGGAGAUGUAACCACUGUUGAGGCUGGUGUUAAGAAAAGUCAAGGGUUCCUACAAACUGAGGACAAAAAAGAUGAACAGACUCUUCUUGGUGAAUCAGUCAAGGAUGUCAAAAACAAUUCAUUUUGCUUGACACAAGAGUCAUCUGAUGAACUUGAUAUUGAGUUAGAAAGAGCAAAUCCUCCAACUGGAACGCUGUCGGAAAGCCGUGGCAGUAAGGAUGACCAGAAAAACUUACCAAAAGAACAUAGUACAAAUCAACACGUUCAAGCAAAACCAAAUUCUCCCAUGAGUUCUGUAAAACACACUUACAGGUCAAAGGCCAGACUGGGAUCUUGGUCCAAAGGAAGAAGCCCUUUGUCAAAGCUCUUUGCAGCGAGUGGCACUGAAAAAACUAGCAAGACUGAAGCAAAAGGGGUCAAGAAAGCAGACGAGAAGCCUGGUGUUGGACUCAUGGCAAGACUUUUUCAGUCAUCUUCAGGCAAAAAUAAUGACGCUACAAAAUCAGAAGCAUGUGACAAUGAAUGCAAAAUCCACACUGAUGAUAAGAACAAAGAGGAGGCUGAUACCGUCAAAGUCAAAUCUGAAGUUGAGGAGGACAUCGAAAACACGCUUCUUGCUACUGACGCAAAAAUGCGUGACAGCAGCAAAGAGGAGUCUAUAAAUGCAGAACCAAUGAUCUUAACUAGUGAAACAAUUGAUGUCCUAACCAAUCUGGUCCAAACAGAGCCAACCAAACAAGAUACAAUUGAUCCCAUUGAAGAUGGGAGCCAUGAGGCGACAACCCUAACGGUAGCUGAGCCAGAUGACUGCAAUGACCUUUCUUCCGAUGACAUGCGUGGUUCUCAAGGGUCAACUGACGAACAGCUAGUUGAGCAAAGCAAGGUUUUUAGUGUCAGUUCUGUCUCUGCUGACCCACCGUUCACUAAGAUCAAUCAAGAUAAUGAUGAGCUUGAUAAGCCCAAAGAUAUGAACAUUGACCAGAACACGUUUUUUGAUGUCAUUCAAAAAGCUUCGCAAGAGAGUCUUGAUCCUCUUGAUCAGUUUAUUUCCCAGGAGACUUUUCCAGAUAACCCCGUUGAUGAGAUAUUUUCAGUCACGAAUGAUGCAUCUUCUAGGACAUUUGGCCUGCGAGACACUCAACCAGGAUCGACCCAAAUCAAAACGCUUGGCUUGGUACAGCAAAUAACUGCCCCUGAUUCCGUCAGCCAUGCUGACAAUCAAGGCCUAGUGACUUUGACUAGAGGCAACCUGGCACACAUUCAGGAGUCGGAGUUUGACUUAUUCACCUCAAAUAUCAGUUUGUUCUCCCAACAACCUGUUCACGGCCCAGCAUCUGCCAUCCCUGAUGAUAUCUUUGCAGUGGGUGAAGUGCCAACUCGUGCCGAUGGUUUUAGUGCUAGUCCACUGAAUGGGUUGCUUGACUCAGCAACAGCACCCUCUGUUGAUCCGUCACCACAGGGAGAUCUUUUCUCUCUUGAUAUCUUUGCAUCAGAGGCACAGUUGCGGCCAAAGUCUCACGAGGCAAGUGAUGCAACGACACCUUUGGACUGCAUAACAGUAAAAACCAAUCCCGAUCAAAUUGCAGAGAACGCCGUGACACACAGUAACUGGAUGGAUGAUUUGCUAGGAUAAAAAGCAGAGAUCAAACAUAUUAUCACAGAUGUGCGUACGAUUUUAAUACGAGUAAUGUAUUCAGCAAGAAAAACAAUUGUGAUUUUCAUCUCUAAUUAUAUUUUGACAGAAAUUGCACUUUGUAAGAUAAUGAUUUACAUUUUUUUUUUUUUUAAUUUACAUUCCUUUUCUACCCGAUCAUGGAACCCACCUGUUCCCAAUGAGCCUGUUCACCUGUGGGAUGUUCCAAACAGGUGUUUGAUGAGCAUUCCUCAACUUUCUCCGUCUUUUUUGCCAACUGUGCCAGCUUUUUUUGGAACGUGUUGCAGCCAUAAAAUUCUAAGUUCAUGA